AGCCGAAAGCGCUGUUGCUACUGGACCGAAGUCCUCGGGUCUUUAUCGGUGCGCUGCUGCAGCUUCGGCGAUCAGGGAAUUCUGUGGAUAGGUGAUGUGUGUAUGUUGAUCUGCAAUCCGUUCCUGCAGCCAUGCACUCUUCCGUGGGGAGGAUCGUCUCCGAUGUCUUCAAUGGACACAAGAGAUGCAUCUUCGCAGUUAUUAGCAAGCGAAAUGCCUCAGAAGCGACGUUUCAAACAAAGCCAUACAAGCUACACAAGUUGGACAAAGGACCAUCAACAGAUGUAACCUGCACAAGGGAAGAUGGACUGAAGUUUUACAAGCAGAUGUUUGCAAUUCGUCGCUUGGAAGCGGCAGCCAACAGCUUGUAUAAAUCAAAAAUCAUCAGAGGGUUUUGCCACCUUUAUUCUGGCCAGGAAGCCUGUGCAGUAGGUAUGGAGGCAGUCCUCGAGAAGGGGGACAGUGUCAUAACAGCAUACCGCGCACAUGGCUGGGCUUACCUGCGAGGUGUGAGCAUGCCUGGCGUCCUCUGUGAGCUAACUGGACGAGAACCUGGCUGCUCAAGAGGCAAGGGAGGCUCGAUGCACGUUUACUGUCCCGACUUUUAUGGAGGGAACGGCAUUGUUGGCGCACAGGUCCCACUGGGAGCUGGGAUUGCUCUGGCCCACAAGUACCUUGGCACAGACCGAGUCUGCUUGGCGUUGUAUGGGGAUGGUGCAGCCAACCAGGGCCAGGUCUUCGAAGCCUACAACAUGGCUAAGCUAUGGGACUUGCCUUGCAUUUUCAUCUGUGAGAACAAUGGCUUUGCCAUGGGAACUAGUGCCCAAAGAGGUGCUGCCUCUACUGACUACUACACUCGUGGUGACUACAUCCCAGGCCUCUGGGUGGAUGGCAUGGAUGUGCUAGCUGUGCGGGAGGCCACCCGGUUUGCUGUAGACAUGUGCCGCAAGGGCAAGGGACCCGUGGUCAUGGAGGUGGAAACUUACCGGUACUACGGCCACAGCAUGAGUGAUCCUGGCACAAGUUAUCGUACUCGAGAAGAAGUGCAGGAAGUGAGGCAAACAAGGGACCCGAUCACACAUUUCAAGGACAAGCUCAUCAACUCACAGUUGGUUACAAGCGAUGAGUUAAAGAAAGUUGAGUCCGAGGUAAAGGCUGAAGUGGAGGCAGCCACAGAACUGUCAAAGUCCAGCAAGGAAGUUCCGCUUGAAGAACUGUUUGCAGACAUCUAUUUCAAUCCGCUGCGCACAAACAUUCGUGGAACGACCCCCUUCACGGAGCACAAGCACCUUCGGCUGACCCAGCCGUUCAACUACAAGUGACAAUGCUACGAGUAAUAACGAUUCUCUAGGGUUCUAUUUAUUGUCCCGGACUUUUUCUUUAACCCUUGCCAUGUUCACUUCCCGCUUUCUGAAAGUGUAUUUUUUUCCAUUUCUUUUAAAAAAAAUUUAUUGUCUUUACACAUUUGCACAUUAGCGUCAUGCUUUACCGCUUCUCUUCAUUUCUGGUCAUUUGAAGGAAGUGCUUUCUAUGCAGUCACUAAAGCAUGCAUCGGCUCAGAACAUAUUUUAAUUGGUUAUAUUGGCAGGCAAAAUAAAUAAUUGCGAAUGUUGGUGUAAAAAUAAAUGGGCUGUCCCCUUACA